GCAGCUGUUCCAGCACCUCACCACUCUCACAGCAAACAACUUAAUGGAACCCUGCAGCAUGCAGCAUCCAUCCUGCUGCCCUAAGAGAGAUGGGUUGGGAGCUCUGUGCGUCACUGUAACGGGGCAGGAAUGGAAGCAUGGCACUGAGCUGGGCCUGGCUCAAGGCUGCGAGCAGAACUGGAGGAGGUUGAUUGAACUCCCAAUCUGACAGAUGGAGCACAGGGAUGCCUGCGUGGGCACCAGCCUGCCUGGUUGGAAUUGAACACCGAUGGGAUGAGCUCACACACGUGGUGCAUCAGUAAUGUGCUUUGUUGCCAGGUGUGGGUGUUCUGAAGGUCGGAAAGGAGCACCAGCAGACUGCAUGGUGUGUAGUGCUUUAUCCAUUUAGCAGUGUCAUUCAGAAGCAAUUCUUGUUACUGACUUGAGGUUUACAUCAAGUCUGGCUUUUCAGUUCCAUAUAAGGGUUUGAUAAGUGAUGUACGUCAGAACCAAAAAAUCAGCCACCACCAAUGCUUGGAAGUUGGCCGAGUGGGCAGCUGGAUGGGCAGUAGUGAGGGAGAGGUUUAAGUUCCAUGUGUGAAGGAAGCUGAGCUCUCCAGCACUGACUGGGUGCCCUGCGGUGGCAGUGCAGGGUGAGCAGUGCUGGGUGAGCAGCCCCAGGUGGUGCAGCACCUGGAUUACAGCAGCAGCUCUACUGCAGAAGCAAAGAAAAAGUGAAGCACAGCAUAUGGAUGUUGUAGAGGAAGUGUUUGCUCUCAUUUCACUCACUGCAGAAGUUAGUUUGGGCUUCAUCACUACAGAGACCUCAGGGAGAUCUCAAAGACUGAGAGAAAUCUGCACGUAAUGUUUAAGAGUUUAUGGGAAUAACUGGAGCCCAUAGGAGAGGAUUAGCAUUAGGUGAGGAUGCUGCUGUGCAAAGAUAACCAAGGGAAGGUACUGGGAGUGAUGUGAGGGGCUGGUGAUUUUCUGAAUCAUAUAGAAGGCUGUAGGAAAGUCCUCCUGUAAGCAAACCCCCUUUUGGAGCUGUGAAAGCAUUUCUCAUGGUGUGUUCUGAAAUGCACGGUCUGGUUUUACGGAUGGGCGUUGUGCACAUAGCUGUGAGGUGCUGAUUCCCAUUGCAAAGCCUCCCUGCUUCCUCGGAGCAGUUUGGCACCAGUGGCCACAUGGCCCAGCUCCUUCGGAUGGGUGCCGUCUCUGUUUGUUGAGACUUUCUGAACUGUUUUGUUUCAUAGAUUGUAACCGAGACUGACAGCAUGCGUUCCCAUUUGGGCAACUUAGGCUUUUUGUUCUGCUUCUGUUUCUUGUUGCUGUUCAUUUCAGUCUAUGCCAAAUAAACGAUGCUUUAUUCGAUACCUGCGUUGGUGCGGUGCACUUGCUGGGAACAAUGCCUCAUCGGAUGGACCCCAGUAAACUGAUCUCUGCCUUUGUGGCAGUCGGUGGGAAGGGCCACAGGCAGGGCUGAGUGCCACUGCAGUCCUGAUGGAGCCAGGAGCACCUCGGUGACCUGCAGUUCUGCUGGGGGACAUCGCACAAAGAACCAUAGAAUCACUCAGGCUGGAAAAGGUCUCUGAGUUCUCCAAGCCCAACCCCAUCCCACCCACCGUGCCCACUGCCCACAUCCCUCAGUGCCACAUCCCCACGGCUCUGGAACACCUCCAGGGACGGUGACCCCACCGCUGCCGUGCAGUGUGUGCGAGGACAUAAGGUGAGCUCAUCUCACAGCUGGAGCACGCGGAAAGAGAACGCAAAGUUAAAGAGACGGAAGCGCUGAAGGAUUACUGCCGGUAGGAGCCCACCGGGCUGCUCCGGGUUCGGGAUCACAGCCUCCCUGCUGCCCGCACGCAGCUCGAAGCCCUCGGAUCUCGGGGGAGAGCAUCGUGCCCGUCCCGGCGGCCCCGGGCGCAGCUCCUCCUCCUCCCCGCCCCGGGGAGGCGCUGACCGCGGCUCUGGGCUGAGGUCGGGGGCGCAGCCGCGCCAUGGAGCGGUACGAGAAGCUGGGCAAGGUCGGGGAAGGCUCGUACGGCGUCGUCUUCAAGUGCCGCAACAGGGAGACGGGCCAGAUCGUGGCCAUCAAGAAGUUCCUGGAGUCCGAGGAAGACCCGGUGAUCCGGAAAAUCGCGCUGAGGGAGAUCCGCAUGCUGAAGCAACUGAAACACCCCAACCUGGUGAACCUGCUGGAGGUGUUCAGGAGGAAGAGGAAGCUGCACCUGGUCUUUGAGUACUGCGACCACACUGUUCUCCACGAGCUGAACAAGCAUCCCCGGGGGGUUCCGGAGCAUCUGGUCAGGAGCAUUACCUGGCAGACCCUCCAAGCUGUGAACUUUUGUCACAAACACAACUGCAUCCACCGAGACGUAAAGCCAGAAAACAUCCUGAUAACGAAACACUCUGUCAUCAAACUCUGUGACUUCGGAUUUGCUCGCAUGCUGACUGGCCCAGCUGAUUACUACACAGACUACGUGGCGACCAGGUGGUACCGCUCCCCAGAGCUGCUGGUGGGGGACACGCAGUACGGCCCUCCUGUGGACGUGUGGGCAAUAGGCUGCGUCUUCGCGGAGCUGCUCUCCGGGGUGCCGCUGUGGCCCGGCAAGUCGGACGUGGACCAGCUGUACCUCAUCAGGAGAACGUUGGGGGAUCUUAUUCCCAGGCACCAGCAAGUGUUCAGCACCAACCAGUUCUUCAGCGGGGUAACAAUUCCAGACCCAGAGAGCAUGGAGCCAUUGGAAAUGAAAUUUCCUAGUAUUUCAUACCCUGCUUUAGCUCUCAUGAAGGGCUGCCUUCGUAUGGACCCUGCGGAGAGGCAGACGUGUGAGCAGCUGCUGCAGCACCCCUAUUUUGACAGCAUUAGGGAGGCAGAUCUGGGGAAAGAACAUGAAAAAGCAGCUCGGAAACCAGCCAAGCUGACACGGAAGCACGUGCCGGGGUACCUGCCUCAGUUAAGCAGCAGCAAUGUUCUGCCAGCUUUGGACAGCAAGAAGUACUUCUGCAAAACGAGGAAAUCCAACUACCAUUUCCCUAACAUCUAAGUGGGUGGCAGAUGAAAAACUACAUA